CUCGUGAACAGAUGACAGCUGAGGAGAGACUGCAGAACCGGUUAGCCUACUCUCCGUCCACGUUAAUAACGCGAUGGAAGUGUUAAUAUCCUACAUUCAGAGUCAAACGGGAUAACGCAUGCUGUGUUAUUAGCCAUUCAGUGGGCUAAAGAAAGUGUUCUGGCUAAUUUUCGGCGGGGGAUCGGGAGCGCGCAUGUGAGAUGGAGGCUUCCGGAGCGUCUAAAUGGACACUGAAGUCCGAUGCGAGCUCGAAGCCGUUUCCCUACUGUUGCUCGGGCUCUGAUGGCAGUGAGGAGCUCUUGCGUGGAAAGUUUUUCCGCAACAGAACUAAAGCCAGGAGUAUGUCUAUGCCAUCAGCACAGAGCUCUGCUAAAUUCAGGAGGACACAAUCACUUCAUGGACCAAGCCCUGUCACCACAUUUGGGCCCAAAGCCUCCAUACUGAAGAACCCUAAAGCUGUCAUGCAUAUUCAGGAUCCAGCCAGGCAGAGGCUGACGUGGAGCAAACCACCCAAAAGUGUCCUUAUUAUAAAGAAGAUCAGAGACGCCGGUCUGCUGCAGCCUUUCAAAGAACUCUGCACUUUCCUGACACAGCAAAAAAAUAUGAUUGUUUAUGUGGAGAGGAAAGUCCUGGAGGAUCCAGCCCUUGCCAGUGAGAGCUUUGUCUCCGUCAAGAAGAACAUUUGCACUUUUAGAGAAGAUUAUGAUGAUAUUUCCAAAUGCGUGGACUUCAUCAUUUGUUUGGGAGGAGAUGGGACUUUACUGUACGCCUCCUCUCUCUUCCAGGAGAGUGUGCCUCCAGUCAUGGCCUUCCACUUGGGUUCUCUGGGUUUUCUUACACCGUUUAACUUCGACACGUACCAGUCUCAGGUCACAGAGGUUAUAGAAGGAAAUGCUGCACUCGUCCUGCGCAGUCGUCUGCAGGUCACAGUAGUAAAAGCGGUUCGAGAGAAGGAAUCGUCGGAGGAGAACAGUUUAAAGCUUACUAAUGGAGACGCUGAACCCAACCACACAACUAUGCAGUAUCAAGUGCUGAAUGAAGUUGUUGUAGACAGAGGGCCGUCUUCAUACCUCUCCAAUGUAGACUUGUUUCUGGACGGUCACCUGAUCACCACUGUUCAAGGAGACGGAGUGUUGGUGUCGACUCCUACUGGAAGCACAGCGUACGCAGUGGCAGCCGGAGCCUCCAUGAUCCACCCAAACGUCCCGGCCAUCAUGAUCACUCCCAUCUGCCCGCACUCUCUGUCCUUCAGACCCAUCGUGGUUCCAGCCGGCGUGGAGCUUAAGAUCAUGCUGUCCCGGGACGCCCGAAACACGGCCUGGGUGUCGCUCGACGGCAGGAGACGCCAGGAGAUUGCAUGCGGAGACAGUAUCACCAUCACCACGUCGUGUUUUCCUCUUCCGUCCAUCUGUUUCCGUGAUCCGGUGAACGACUGGUUCGAGAGUCUGGCUCAAUGUUUACACUGGAACGUCCGCAAGAAGCAGAGCCACCUGAGUCUGGAAGAGGAGGAUUUCUGACACAUUCCCCCGAUCCCGCUUUUACAGCCGUUUCGCUGUCUAACACCAUUCAAUCCCACACAAACAACCAGGUCGCAAUUCAUCUCACCCAAAUAAAAUGACAUUUUGCUUUAAAAGGAUUUAACUUUUACAUUUUCCACUAAAAACAUCUUUGUUGUCUAUGUAUAAUUCUCAUUAUUCUCAAAUAUGACGUUCUCUCUUCUAUUAUAGUCAUUAAUUUUUAUGCUGUUAAAGGAAUGGUUCACCUAAAGAUUUCCCGUUAGUUUAUUCACCCUGGGGUGGUUGGUGAUGUUUCUUCUGGAGAACAUUACUGAAGAUUUUUAGCUGAAAUUGUAGUGUUUGGUGAUUUAUAUAAUGGCAGUCAAUGGUUACCCAUUAUUAAAAUUAAAAAUAAACACAUAUAAACAAGUCCAAAUCAAUCCGUGUGGCUCCUGAUGAUACAUUAAGCUCUUAUGAAGCAAAGCGAUGGGUCUGUGCCAGAAAUUGAACAUUAUUUAUUAUUAGUUAAUAAUAUUAUAUUAUUAUUAUUAUUAGCUUUAUUGUAUUUAUUAUUAGUGUGCAUGAGUGUUUAAUCUCAGGCUGUGGAUUAAAGCUAAUAGUCUUGUAUAUAAUGUUUAAUUUUUUGCAGUUCUGCUUCAUAAGAGCACAUAAGUGUGUCAUCAGGAGCCACAAGGAUUGAUUUAGACUUGUUUUUAUGUGUUUAUUUUUAAUCUCGAAAAUGGGUAACUAUUGACUGCCAUUAUAUAAAUCACAAAUUCAGCUAAAAAUCUUCUGUAAUGCUCUACUGAAGCAAAAAAAGUCACCUAAAUUAACUUUAAAAUGUCAUUUUUUUAUGAACUAUCCCUUUAAAGCUUCAAUAUAGAGAAUACAGCGAUGCUUACAUACCUGAGGGUCUUUUAGGGUUUUUUGGGGAAGAGAAUUAAAGGUUAUUUUUAAAGGAACACUCCACUUUUUUUGGAAAUCGACUCAUUUUACAGCUCCCCUAGAGUUAAAGAGUUGAGUUUUACCAUUUUUGAAUCCAUUCAGGUGAUCUCCGAGUCUGGCGUGAGCACUUUUAGCUUAGCUUAGCAUAAAUCAUUGAAUCCGAUUAGACCAUUAGCAUCUCAUUCAAAGUCGUUUAGCCAUAUCAGCCUAGAAAAUAGCAUCUGUUCACCUUUUAUCAGUCUUAUUUGAUGAUGUACACAACAGAAAAUUCCAGCUUCAAAUACUAAAGUGAUCAAAAACUCAUUCCUUUUUGGAGCGAGAUGCUAAUGGUCUAAUCCGAUUCAACAAUCUAUGCUAAGCUAAGCUAAAAGUGCUCCCGCCAGACACAGAAAUCAGUUUAAAGGAUGGAAAAAUGGUAAAACUCAACUCAGAAAUCUCAAAAAUAAACAAAGUGGAGUGUUUCUUUAAACUUGGGAUGAAUUGUGACCACGAUUUGCACGUUUUUCCAUUCCAUUCCUUCUGUGGCUGAAGUUUUACGUCUUGUCAGUUUUUGACCAAUGAGGUCGUUGAAAGGAUUGUAGCAAUAACUGAAUUCCAAUAGAUCAUAUUGUGCCUUAUAGAGCAUUGGAUCAAUGUUGCUCAUGUACGGUGGAAUACGCCAUAUUUAGAAUGUAUCAUCAUGGUUACCGACUUGUUACAUAUCAAAGCUUGAAUAUUCAUUCUGUUUUGAACCUGCUGCAUUUUUUACUACAGGUCAGUAGGAAACCUUAUUAAUGAUUAAUUACACAUUGUGAAGAAUAUCUACAAGUUAACAGUUUUCUGUCAUUUUUUAAGCUUCAUGUGACUUAAACAGCAACUUUUAGGGCUCUAUUUUAAUGAUCUAGGCGCAAAGUCUAAAGCUGCAUUGAGUGUGUGUCUGAGUCCACUUUUGCUAUUUUAAGGACAGAUAAAUACGCUCUGUGCCUGGUCUAACAGGGUUGUGCUUAUUCUCUUAAUGAGUUCUGGGUGUGUUUUGAGCACAAUGUGCAUUAAACCAAUCAGAGUCUUAUCUCCCAUUCCCUUUAAGAGUUGCGUCGCUCCAUGGUGCAUUUGCUAUUUACAUGACGGACUUUGUAAAUGUAAAAACUAAAGGCUUCACUAGUGAGAAAACAGUUAAACAGAGCAUCUGCAGCGCGAGGAUAAAGAACGAGCCUCCUCCAUUCAGCCUCUUUACUUUCUCUUUAAUUCACUAUUUACUUUACUCCUUUACUUUGGUGGAGUUGGUGGAAACUCACUCCACUGAACACAUCCAUUAGCCGGCAUAUUUAAAUUCCUUUGUUAAGCACAAAGAUUUGUGUCAAAACUAUUUCUAAAUUCAGUUCUAAUCUCCAGCAAAGGAAUAAAUGAUCAAUAAUAAUGAAGUGUGGUCAAAACACUGAGUUAUAUCCAAACACACGUCCUGUUCUUAUGCUCCAUAUGGUGAUGCAGACGUCUCCAAAACCCCACAGCUGGACAAAUCUACACUUGUGUUUAUUAAAACAAAUAUAAAUCUGCAGAUAAUCAAUAACACUGGUGAUAAUAAUAACAUUAUACAGAUGCAGAUGGUCAUGAAUAAACUGUUAAAGCCCCCCGAGGUGAAGAAGGCAUGGAGGCAGUGGUGUUUAUAUUGAUGUAGAAAAUAAUCAUUUUUGUAACAUUUUAAUCCUUUAAUUUUUUUAUAUGUAAAGAUAUUUGUGUAUUGCUGAUCAUCCUGUGUGUAUUAAGCGUUUUCGAUCUGCAUAGGUACAUAACUAACGCGCUCUGCUGGACUUUAGGGCAGCUUUUAGUUGGUCAAUGACGCGGUCUAUUUCAGUUUCUCAAUAUAGCAACGCACCAACAUUGCGCCUUAACACACCUCCUUUAUAGACCAGCACACACAUGAGUCCACAAAGUGGCGCAAAUGGAUUUGCUAUUUAAACAACGUGGUGCAAAAUGUGAAAAUUAGUUGCGCUGGUCUGAAAAUAGCAACAAAUCGCGCCAUACACAUAUUGCGCUGUAUUGCGCCAGGUCUGUGAUAGAGCCCUUAAUGUUGAAAUGUUUGAUAAACUGACUUUUAAUGACAUUUUUAAUCAUUUCUAGUGAUAAAUUGUCUGUAUUGGUAUCUUAAAUUAUUUAGCAAAAACCUGGUAAUAAUCUUACAGUGCAUUUUCAAUUAUUUUACAGACUUAUUUCUGUCUUUAUAUACUUUAUAACACAAUAUAUUGUUUCAAAACUCUUAAAAUGUCAACAAAAGUCACUUUGUUAAGCUGCACAGUUGAAUUUUCAACAUCAAAAGUCACCAGAGCAGUAAAUAAAAGUCCCAUAAUGCAAUUCAUGACUGAAAAUAAGUGAGAAAACCCCUGUGAAUCAUGAAAUACGGAAACUGUUAAUUAAGGCAGUGUUUCCCAACCCUGUUCCUGGAGGCACACCAACAGUACAUAUUUUGGAUGUCUCCCUUUUCUGACCCAUUCACUUCAGGUGUUGGAGUCUCUUCUGAUGUUAUGAAGAGUUGAUUCAGGUGUGUUUGAUGAGGGAGAGGUUGAAAAUGUGUACUGUUGGUGUGCCUUCAGGAACAGGGUUGGGAAACACUGAAUUAAGGGAUAUUUUUUUACAGUGCACUAAAGGUUAUAGCAGUGAUGCUUUUUUAGUUUUAUAGCCUAAAGCCAUGAAUGGGGUUUUAUUCCAUGGCAGAAUUACAGCAGCAAAGUAAACACUACAUAAAAAGUAAAGCCUCGUCUGAGGAUCAAGCUCCUGUUCUGAGAUCAGGUUAUCAUACGGGACACAAAAAACAGGACAUUUAUCAAUCAUGUGAUCAUAAUAUGUAAACGUUUGGCUUUUAUUGCAGUUCAUUUUAGCAUUUAACACUUUACUUGAAGGGGUGUUCAUAAGACUGUCAUUACACCUUUAUAAUCAUGAUAUGACACGUCUCAAUGAGAUAUGCAUGCUUAAAACGUCUGUUAUUAAGCAUCAUUCGCUCAGUUAUGCCAUGUUAAAUGCAAAGAUCAUAAGACUGUCAUUAAACCUUUAUAAUCAUAUGACACGUCUCAAUGAGAUCUUAUGCAUGCUUAUAACAUCUGUUAUUAAGCAUAAUUUGCUCAGUUAUGUCAAUUUAAAUGCAAAAGAUCAUAGGACUGUUCAUAAGACUGUCAUUAAACCUUUAUAAUCAUGAUAUGACAGUUGAAUGUGAAUGAGAUCUUAUGGAUGCUUAUAACAACCAUUAUUAAGCAUCAUUCGCUCAGUUAUGUCAUGUUAAAUGCAAAGAUCAUAAGACUGUCAUUAAACCUUUAUAAUCAUUUGACACGUCUCAAUGAAAUCUUAUGCAUGCUUAUAACAUCUGUUAUUAAGCAUCAUUUGCUCAGUUAUGUCGAUUUAAAUGCAAAAGAUCAUAAGACUGUUCAUAAGACUGUCAUUAAACCUUUAUAAUCAUUUGACACGUCUCAAUGAGAUCUUAUGCAUGCUUAUAACAUCUGUUCUUAAGCAUAAUUUGCUCAGUUAUGUCAAUUUAAAUGCAAAAGAUCAUAGGACUGUUCAUAAGACUGUCAUUAAACCUUUAUAAUCAUGAUAUGACAGUUGAAUGUGAAUGGGAUCUUAUGCAUGCUUAUAACAACCAUUAUUAAGCAUCAUUCGCUCAGUUAUGUCAGUUUAAAUGCAAAGAUCAUAAGACUGUUUAUGAGACUCAAUAAAACUUUAUAAUCAUGAUAUGACACCUACUGAAUGUGAAAGAGAUCUUAUGCAUGCUUAUAACAACCAUUAUUAAGCAUCAUUUGCUCAGUUUAAAUGCAAAGAUCAUAAAACUGUCAUUAAACCUUUAUAAUCAUGAUUUGACACUUGAAUGUAAAUGAGAUCAUAUGCAUGCUUAUAACAACUAUUAUUAAGCCUCAUUCACUCAGUUAUUUCAGUUUAAGUGCAAAGAUAAUAAGACUGGUCAUAAGACUGUCAAUAAAACUUUAUAAUCAUGAUAUGACACCUCCUGAAUGUGAAGGAGAGCUUAUGCAUGCUUAUAACAACCAUUAUUAAGCAUCAUUCGCUCUGUUAUGUCAAUUUAAAUGCAAAGAUCAAAAGACUGUCAUUAAACCUUUAUAAUCUUGAUAUGCCACCUGAAUGUGAAUGACAUUUUAUGCAUGCUUAUGACAACUGUUAUUAAGUGUCAUUGGCUCAGUUGUGUCAUUUUAAAUGCAAAGAUUACAUGGUUUGUUAUGACAACUUGACAUAAGUAAAUAAAUCACAACCAACUUUUGUCUUCAUGACCACUUGACAUUGCCUAGACAGAAAAACAUGUCAUAAAUCUGUCAUAAACAUGAUGGUCAUGAAGCCUUUAUAAAUAUGUCAUGAAUUUAAUAACAGCCUCACUAAUAUUUUUUUACCUCAGCCACAGUGGCACAAGCUGAAUUUAUUAUUAAGAUGUCAUUAAAUAUUAAUUAACGCUUUAUAAUGAGUUACGACACUUAUAAUGAGACGUUUUAAUGACAAAUACAGUUUAUUCCACUGAAAACGUGAGAAGAAAAAAAUUCAUGACACGAUUAUAAUGCAUCAUGACAGGUUUUGCUGUCUUUGUAACGUCAAUUUGUCAUGACAAAGAUAAAGACCGGUUAUGAUGUUGUUAUGUCAAGUUGUCAUAACAACUAAUGUCAUCUUAGUAUUUAAAAUGACAUUAAUGAGUGAAUGACACUUAAUAACAGUUGUUAUAAACAUGCAUAAAAGUUCAGGUGUCAUAUCAUGAUUAUAAAGGUGUAAUGACAGUCUUAUGAACACCCCUUCAAGUAAAGUGUUAUCAGUUGUGCUAAAGAUGAACUGAAGAAAUCGACAACUUUAAUACUCAGAAUCAUUCAGGUGCGUGUGUGUGCGUGUGUGUGCGUGUGUGUGUGUGUGUGUGUGUGUGUGUGUGUGUGUGUGUGUGUGUGUGUGUGUGUGUGUGUGUGUGCCUGUUUGAUUGAAAUAACAUUGUUUUGUAUUGGGAAAACAGAGAUAAAGCCUUUUGUAACAGUUUCACAUUUCAGCGUUGACCUUUUACUCGGUUUACAUCAUAUCUGACCCUUUGCUUUGCUGUCAGAUUUUUUAUUAUUAUAACUGUUAUUAAUAAAUUUUUCAUAGCAAAUAAAUUGAUAAUAAAAUAUUAAUCUGUUUA